GUUGAAUCCUUUCCCCGUGGUUAUCCCUCGUUAUCAGCAUUCCUUGGCAGCGAUCCAGAUUUUACAAUAUUCCGAUGCUUUACCCGUUUGCACACGCGUGUUCUUCUUCACAAACAAGACGACCUGAUAGAGCUUGAGCAGCAGUUGGAUCAACUGGACCUUUCACAAAGUCAAACCAACCCAUAUCUUCUUACAACGAAUAGACGCUGCGAAGCGAACAAAGACCGACAGGAACUCUUGGAGAAGAUAGAAGAGAAGCUUAAAGAGUACAACGAAUUACUCGCCGCAUUCUACGCUCAUCUAGAACGCCCCGAGCCAGAAGAGUCUGAGAUCCAGAGUGUGGCGAACUGGAUGGAUGGGAAGAAGCCAGUGGCUUUCGCGGAGUCAACCUUUCUCAACGAUUGGAGUGACCUUAGACGGGCAAAGCACUCCGUAGAGAAAGGCGGCUUGGAGACCUUUCUUGGCAGAUAUGCCGGCGUGUUCAGCCCAUGCAAGGAUACCAACCCGAAAUCAGAGGAUCCACAGAUCCAGUUCAUCAAGCAGUCCAAAGUAGUAGCCCUCUCACGAGCGUUAACCACCAUCUUCGCCGUGGCUACCCUCGUGGUCCCCAUUGGGAUAUUAUAUGUCGUCAAAGCAGUCCCGACGAGACUUUUGGUCAUUGCUGCUUUCACUGGGGUCUUUUCUUCUGCUCUCUGCUGGUUAACAUCGGCUCGCAACUACGAGAUCUUUUCAGCAACGGCGGCAUAUUGCGCGGUCAUGGUUGUAUUUGUAGGAAGCUUGCCAAAUGAGUAG